ACUGCUCCCGUAACGUCUCCGCCCAUUGGACCUGCCGGGAGAGGCCACGGUUCGGGCGGAUCGGCGCAGUAAGCCUCUCGCCCAUUGGUCGCCAGGCACGGCCGGCCAACGGUCGACGAGCGGUGGGCGAAGGGAACCAAGUCGAAUCGGCGUCUCUCGUCCGUCAGCGGUGGGUGUCACCCAUGUGUUCCUUCCUUGUCCUGCUCCUUUCCUGUUGGUUCCGCCGCCGAGAUUGGGGGCGAUCUGUUCCGACGCUGUGAGAGGGAAGGAGAUUGGCGCGGAACACACGGCCCCGGACUCGGCGCGGCCGCGGCGAGGGUGAUGUUCGUGCGGGGCUGAGACACGGAGCGCCCUCCACCCCCGGCCCCUGCCCACUGUCACCCCGGUGAUUGCCUGAAAUACAUUGAAACAUUAUAGAUCGCACCCCCCCACCCCACGUCUCUUCCGUUUGCUGUUGUAAGAUGGCGGAGCGAUCUGCGUUGGAGGCGAGGAGCCUGGUGUCUCACCCAGCCGGCUGGCAGUCCCUCCUGUCCUUCACUGUCCUCUUCCUGACCUGGUUGGCCGGCUUCAGCUCCAGGCUGUUCGCUGUUAUUCGCUUCGAGAGCAUCAUCCACGAGUUUGACCCGUGGUUUAAUUACCGUUCUACACAUUAUCUUGCAUCCCAUGGAUUCUAUGAUUUUCUAAAUUGGUUUGAUGAAAGGGCAUGGUAUCCUCUAGGAAGAAUAGUUGGAGGAACGGUGUAUCCUGGUUUGAUGGUCACAGCAGGCUGUAUUCAUUGGAUUUUAAAUACGCUUCAUAUGACGGUUCACAUACGGGAUGUCUGCGUCUUUCUAGCACCUGUGUUCAGUGGUCUUACAUCAAUAUCAACUUUUCUCCUCACUAAAGAAUUAUGGAACCAAGGGGCUGGAUUACUUGCUGCCUGUUUCAUCGCCAUAGUGCCAGGCUACAUAUCUCGAUCAGUAGCAGGCUCGUUUGACAACGAAGGGAUAGCUAUUUUUGCAUUACAGUUUACAUAUUACCUGUGGGUCAAAUCUGUGAAAACUGGCUCUGUUUUCUGGACUAUAUGUUGCUGCUUGUCCUACUUUUACAUGGUAUCUGCAUGGGGUGGCUACGUGUUCAUCAUCAACCUUAUCCCACUACAUGUAUUCGUAUUGCUACUGAUGCAGAGAUUCAGCAGAAGGGUUUAUAUAGCUUACAGCACAUUCUACAUUGUUGGCUUGAUCUUAUCAAUGCAAGUGCCAUUUGUGGGGUUUCAACCAAUCCGGACCAGUGAGCACAUGGCAGCUGCAGGUGUAUUCGCCCUGCUCCAAGCUUAUGCCUUCUUGCAGUAUUUGAGAGACAAGUUGACAAAGCAAGAGUUCCAGACAUUGUUUUUCUUGGGAGUGUCUCUUGCUGCUGGAGUGGUACUUCUAAGUGUUAUUUACUUAACUUAUACAGGAUAUAUUGCCCCAUGGAGUGGGAGAUUCUAUUCACUUUGGGAUACAGGGUAUGCAAAAAUCCACAUUCCCAUCAUUGCCUCGGUGUCUGAGCAUCAACCUACAACAUGGGUUUCCUUCUUUUUUGAUCUUCACAUAUUGGUCUGUACUUUCCCAGCUGGCCUGUGGUUCUGCAUCAAAAACAUCAAUGAUGAAAGAGUAUUUGUUGCCCUUUAUGCUAUUAGUGCUGUUUAUUUUGCUGGAGUUAUGGUACGCCUGAUGCUGACUCUCACACCAGUUGUCUGCAUGCUGUCUGCCAUUGCUUUCUCCAACGUCUUUGAAUACUACCUGGGUGACGACACACAGAGGGAAAGUCCACCUGUUGAAGACAGCAGCGAUGAGGAUGAUAAGAGGAAUUCUGGCAACCUCUAUGACAAGGCAGGCAAGGUGAGAAAGCAUGUAUCUGAACAGGAAAAGACUGAAGAGGGACUCGGUCCAAAUAUCAAGAGUAUUGUUACCAUGCUGAUGCUGAUGUUACUAAUGAUGUUUGCUGUGCACUGUACCUGGGUUACAAGCAAUGCAUACUCAAGCCCCAGUGUUGUCCUUGCAUCUUAUAAUCACGAUGGAACACGCAAUAUCCUUGAUGACUUCCGUGAGGCAUAUUAUUGGUUGCGACAGAAUACAGAUGAACAUGUUCGAGUGAUGUCUUGGUGGGAUUACGGGUAUCAAAUAGCAGGAAUGGCUAAUCGGACCACAUUGGUAGAUAACAACACAUGGAACAACAGCCAUAUUGCACUGGUUGGAAAAGCGAUGUCAUCCAAUGAGAGUGCAGCCUACCAGAUAAUGCGGAGUCUGGAUGUGGACUACGUUCUCAUUAUAUUUGGUGGAGUGAUUGGCUAUUCAGGUGAUGACAUCAACAAGUUUCUUUGGAUGGUCAGGAUAGCAGAAGGAGAGCAUCCAAAAGAUAUUCGGGAAAGUGACUACUUCACACCCCAAGGAGAGUUCCGUGUUGAUAAGGCUGGCUCGCCAACUUUACUGAACUGUCUGAUGUACAAGAUGUCCUACUACAGAUUUGGAGAGAUGCAGCUGGAUUUCAGAACACCACCAGGGUUCGAUCGCACCAGAAAUGCUGAAAUUGGCAACAAGGACAUCAAAUUCAAACAUCUGGAAGAAGCCUUCACUUCAGAGCACUGGCUAGUGAGAAUUUACAAAGUCAAGAAGCUGGACAACAGAGAGAAACUUGACCAUAAACCAAGAGUAACUAACAUAAUGCCCAAACAGAAGUAUUUAUCAAAAAAGACUUCUAAAAGAAAGCGUGGGUAUGUGAAGAACAAACUGGCACUGAAGAAAGGCAAGCGAUCCAACAGGAAGACCAACUAAAUCAUCUGCAAGCCCUGACAACAGUCAGUUGUCCUUAUGACAACCAGUCUUUGCCUUUACCUACAAUCGGAUUCCAUUGCAACACAGAGUUGCAUGCAUUGCUCAAGAGAUUCAAACAGUGUCAACCCCGUAAAUCUAUUGGUUGUAUAUUGGCAACUGUUUAUAGAGCCACAUUUGAUUGUGUUGGCAAGGCAGACAGCUGCUGUCCAGGGGUAGCAGCAGAAUUCUAAUUGGUACAUAUUAUCCUUCAUUUAAUUUUUUAAAAUAAAAACGAUAAUGGGCUAACUGCACCAAAGAACCCUGCUCUUUGUUAUCAUCUGUACAUGUGUACUUUCCAACCAUUUGAAAAGGGCAGUAAAGAGAGUUUUCACAAUUUACUUUGCUAGGGUGACGUUAAUUUUAGAUGAUGAGAACUAAUGACUUCAGAUGAGUAAAAUAUAUUGUAUAAGGUUGUUUGGCAUUCUCCAGACCAGUAUGGGCAUGAUCAAUGUUUUCAGCACAGUAUGCUAUUGGUCAGAGCAAAACAUCUCCAUCUAAGGGAAGAGUGCAAGAGGUUUGCCAGUAUUCUCAUUCUUUGCCCUUCUUGAAAAUGCAUGAUGAGAUGGACACAUCUGAUACAGGAAGGUGAGAGGUCUAGAAUUCAACAAGAGGACCGAAAGUGAAGGACUUUGCACUGCAAAAGGCUGGCAGCUACACAUGUGCUUUCUUUCUAUUAAAUUUAAAAACGAGAGGGUUUCCUCCUUGUCGCAGACAUGUUCAUUUCGUUCCCAGUGAUGUACCUUUUACUUUGUGCUUUUCCUUUACAUUUGCCUUUUAAAGAGUGGUAAGCCUCGUAAUGAGGGAAAAGAGAGUCAUUUCCAACGUAGGGCUUUGAAACAUUACAGUGGAGAAAUUCAUCUUUGGUUGCUGGAUCUAAAUGCUUGAGAGCGUUGUCUGCCAGUUUUAUUCACCUCUGCACAUUUGAUUACAUUGAAGUCAAUGCGUGAUACUGGUGGAUAAUUUAGCUCUAGCAACCAAAGCCUAUUUUCUCUCCCUUGAUUAGUUCAGACCUAGAUAAGUUUCUUUUUUCCCCCAAUUAAAAAAAAACUAAUAUAUUAUUCUGAGAGAAAUUCAAAAGAAUCAGUGCACUAUUGGUAAAAUCAGAGGCAGACAAACCUUUAUCAUAGAGAUUUUCAUUUUUGUCACUCAUUUUCUUUAUGUAGAGAAAGCCCAGUCUUGAUACAACCUUUUAAAAAGUUCCUUUACGAUGAGAUGAGAAGUGAGUAAUAAAGGCUGUUGGAUGAUACUUGCUCUUAACAUUUAGUUGAUCCCCUUUCUUCCCACGAGGGUUAAAAUUGUAAUUUUCUAUGUAUGCAGCGCUCCUCGAUGCAAAAAAAAAAUUAGCUGCAAAUGCUAUUGGUGUAAAAACAAAUUAAAGAAUAGUAUGUACCGUAUUUUGAAAACAUUUGUAAAUUAAACUGUGCAGUACAUGCCUUA